CGAUACCAGAUACUGGGCGGAAAAGGCGGGAGAGGAUUGCCGCUUCCGCGUCCGCGCAGCACAGCCAAAACACCAAGGCAACAUGGACGAUAAGUUAAUAUUGUCCGUAUUUAAUUUCCCAGAGCUGUACAAUGUCACUUUGCCUAAUUAUCGUUGCACGGAAAGUCGAACAAAUGCUUGGAGAAACAUCAGUGCCUUAGUUGGAGUCCCAUCUGAGGAGUGCAAAAGAAAAUGGAAGAAUCUGAGAGACAGGUAUUUGAAAGAAGUCCGAAUGGAGAUCAAGAGCAAGCAGCAAGGAGAGAUGAUCCCAAGUCGAUGGAAAUACAGACAACUUCUGAAUUUUCUCGCACCCUUUACAGGAUCAAGAAAUGGGACGACAGAGAAUGGCAACAACGAAGAAGACCAUGAGAAUCCUGACAAUGAAUCUGGUAACACGGAGGGAGAAACCACUGCAGCUGAGGGCAAAACACAGCAAGCCGCUGUGAAGAUCCCUGCAAAUCAAGGUGACUCAAAAACCCCGGUAGCAUUUCUGACCCAACUGCCUCCGAUGUCUCAAGACACACAGCUUGCCCAGCUGGCUGUCUUGACCAAGAUCCCACCAGGUUCAAAGAUCAGCCCGACUGGCAAACCUGGAAGGAAACGGCGUAUGCUGAGAGAUGCACUGUCUUUGCCUUGUUCCCAAACUACACUGAUCCCAGCAAAGAGGCAGGCAAAAGACUCUUCACUUCCCAAUAGGCCCCGUGACGAAGAUGAACUCUUUCUGCUAAGUUUCGUCCCUGCUUUGAAGCGGCUCGCACCCCAAAAAAGAUGUGAAACAAAAAUAAGAAUCCAGCAGAUCAUGUAUGAAGCAGAGUUCAAUGUUUCACAGCCGGAGCCUCAAGAGAAACCGCCAGAAACACAGGACUAGGCCAAAUUGACUUUUUUGUAUUCUAUUCUUUGAUAAUGUUAGACAAAUGUUUUAUAAAACUUCCUCCACAAAGAUGACCAAAAAAUACAGUAUAUUUUUUUCUUUUUUUACAGUACGUCUGACAAUUUGAACACAGGUAACUAAGUUAAAAUCACAAAAUGUAUCUCUACUCACUCACCUACUUUUGUGUGGAAAUGUUUCUUUCGUUCUCCACAUUUGUUUUUCAGGAAAUGACUUGCAGUAUCAGUCAGAUGGCACAUUAGUUACAAAUGUAAGGCUUAUGAGAAAAUGAAGGCCAGAAAGAUUUAUACCCCGAGGCAAAGAGACUGUGAUUAACAUCUUUAUUUACAUAGCAUUUCUGUCAAUAGAGUGAAUUCACAUUUAGAAAACUGGUUAAUGUUAAAUCAAUAAUCUGCAUUUGAACUCUUCCAUAUUCUACAGUAUUUUACAUAUAAUUGCAGUGUCAAACAAUCCAACUCAGCAAAAUUAAACAUUACACAAUUUGGGAGAGAACACUGUCAGAAAUCAGUCAUUCAGCUUAUUAUGUGCAUCAUCACAUCUUGUCUGUCUCAUCUACAAUAAAGAGGCAGUGUGACCAUUUUUUAUGAUUGCAAACUUCAAUAUUCAUGACUUCACAUGACAUGCAUAGCAUUUUUGGUAAAUUCAUCAUUUGGUGAUGACUGUUUCAACUUUAAAGAUUUUUGUAACUGUAAAUAUAUUUUUCUAAUGUAUUGAUGUAUUGGUGAAAAUAGAGACAACGUGGGGUGAAGACAUGCUGGUAUUCAGUAUGGGGGAUUAUUUGCAACAAAUAAAACACCAGCAAAGUGAA